UUUAAAGACGCAAAUAGCGCCAUGAAAAUCAAUUUGGUUUCGCCCUUCUUUUUUGAAAAACGGCUAUUUCCAUCUUCAUUUCCUACCAAUUCUAAUUGUAUAAAGAACCCUAAUUUCAUUGCUCUCUCAUUCAUUCCCAAACCCUAUCUUUCUUAUUCUUCAAAGCAACACUGAACUAGUUACACUCAGUAAUGGAGACUCGUGCCUCAAAGAAGAGAGCAAACGCACAACCACCACUAGUUAUUGUUCCCAAAAGGCAUAGAGUUGCGUUGGGGGAACUCUCCGAUCUCAUUGUUCCCGAAAAUAACCCUAAUGAGAAACUUCAAUAUCUGAAGAAUCCCAAUCUUAACAAUUCAGCAACAACAACCAUUCAAUUGCCAGAUUCCAACUUGGAUAAGCCAGUUCACACCAAAAAGAAUACCAAACAUGAUAAUCAACGGAUUAUUGAGGCUUAUGUAUCUGAUAUAUUCGACUAUCUUCGCACAAUGGAGAUGCAGAAAAAGAGAAGACCAAUGUUUGGUUACAUUCAGAGUGUUCAGAGAGACAUUACUUCAAACAUGAGGGGAACAUUGGUGGAUUGGUUAGUUGAGGUUGCAGAAGAAUACAAGCUUCUCCCUGAUACCCUUCAUUUAUCUAUUUCAUACAUUGAUAUGUUUUUAUCUUUUCACCCUGUCAAAAGAUCCAACCUUCAGUUGCUUGGCGUUUCCUCCAUGCUCAUUGCAUCAAAGUAUGAAGAAAUUACGCCACCAAAAGCUGUAGAUUUCUGCAGCAUUACUGAUAACACGUAUGGCCUGGAAGAGAUCAUAAAGAUGGAAUCUGAUAUACUCAAGGCGCUAAAUUUUGAAAUGGGCAACCCUAAUGUAACCACAUUUCUCAAGAGGUUUGUUGGGAUUUCUUAUGAGAAUCGGAAGACUUCCAAUUUGCAGUUUGAAUAUCUGUGCAACUAUCUUGCUGAGUUAAGCUUGUUGGACUAUGAGUGUAUCAGAUUCUUACCUUCUGUUGUGGCUGCAUCGGUUAUAUUUCUUUCCAAAUUUAUUAUCAGGCCUGGAGUAAAUCCUUGGACUUCAUCCCUGUGUGAAUGCUUGGGUUACAAAUCGACUGAAUUGAAAGAAUGUGUUCUCAUUUUACAUGAUAUGUAUUUAUCAAGAAGGGCUGCAUCCUUCAAUGCUGUUCGUGAUAAAUACAAGCAGACCAAGUUUAAAUGUGUGGCCAAUCUGCCUUCUCCACCAGAGGUACCAAAUCAUUACUUUGAAGAACAAUGAUGCAGUGUGAAAUACUUGGUGAAUGAAGUUCAUGGCUGACAAUUAUAAAAUGACUUUUUGAGGUGGGUUAGUAUGAAUGGAAUUAGUUUCUUCUACACAAGAAGCAUGCCUUUCUUGGCAAUGCUAUGCUAUACACUUGAUUAUGAUAAUUUCAAAUUUUUGGCGAUAAUGUGGCUUUUGGCAGUCUAAUUAAUUAGUUUAGGCAGAAAUUAUUUGGUGUAAACAAGAAAUUGUUUGUAUGGUCGAAGUAUAAUUGCAUCAAGUGUUAACAGUGUAAGAGACAUAUACAUGGUUAUUUUAUUUUUUUCAAUGAAGGAUAGAAGACUUUUCAGUUUGAGUUGAAACACCCAUUUUUAUCUCAAUUUGUUGUACCCUUUCCAUUGUCACCUCUUCACAUAUCUAUUAACUUUUCUGGCUCUCUUCACUGUCUCUAAA